GUUAUAUGUGAUGUGCCGGGCCCCGCCCCCCAGCAGACACACUAGGAGCUGCAGGCAGCAGGUUGUAGCAGCAGCAGCUGCCGGGACAGCGAUGACUUUCAGGCGGCUGAAGAAGGUGCAGCUCAGGGAGUACGCGGUGCCGCCGGACCAAGCCAUAUACCGGGAGAGGGACAAGGCUGAGCCCUACAUGGCGCUGAGCACGUACAGGACGGAUGACAUGUACAAGGCGCUGGUGGUCUCCGGCGGGACUCUGCCCAGGGCUAAGAAGAGAUCUCCAAUGGGUUGGAAGAAUGUAAGCCAGACAGCAGAGCAUCACAGCAAAGUAGUUACUUUAGAAAAAGAAGAUUGUGAAACCUUUGGAUUUGAGAUUCAGACGUAUGGACUACAUCAUAAGGACCGAAACGCAGUGGAAAUGUUCACAUUCGUCUGUCGAGUACAUGAAGGAAGCCCUGCCAUGUUGUGUGGAUUGAAAGUUGGUGAUAUAAUUGCUGGAGUGAAUGGCAUCAAUAUGGAAGGAGUGAGGCACAAAGAGAUCGUAGAACUGAUAAAAGCGUCUGGGAAUAAAAUAAGGCUGGAGACAGUCUAUGGUUCUGCUAUCCGGAGAGCUGAAUUGGAGGCCAGGCUACAGUAUCUAAAGCAAACCUUAUAUGAGAAAUGGGAAGAAUAUCGCUCACUAAUGGUGCAGGAGCAGAGGCUCUUACAUGGCAUCGUGGUAAAGGACCCCAGUGUUUACGAUACGUUGGAAUCCGUCAGGUCAUACAUUUACGGGACAGUUCCACAAUGUACCAAAGAUCCACUCCCCAGUUCCCUGGCCACCGGAAGUAUAUGCAGUAGUGCAAGUUGCCUGAGCACGGCCGAGGACAACGAGGAAGCGGUGUAUCAGACUUGCUACUUCACCUCUGACUCUACGGACGAUAUUCCCACCAUUCCCACCACCAAAAGCACACUCAAGCCUUACAAGUCUCCGCUAACCCGCAGCUCUAGUGUUAAGUGUACCAGCCCGGCCACGAACUGGGAGAAUCCCAAGGAGCAGAGCACCUUUGUCUCUUUACCCAGGAAAAAACACAAAAGUUUUCGAAAGAGACUUCUAAAGUUUAUCCCCGGACUCAAUAAAUCUAUAGAAGAGGCGGCCAGUCCUCUUUAACGCAGCACCCCCACCCUCCUUUUGUAUUAAAAAAAAAAAGUUAAGUUAUUUAUUUAUUUGUUUUGGGGAAAAAAGUGGAAAAAAAAAAGCUUUGUAUUUACUUUGUUAGAAUUUAUUGUUAAAACUUUAUACCGUUUUUUUUUUUGUUGUUUUUGUUUUUCAUUAAAAUGUUUGCAAAGGCAGAGGGUGCCAAAUUCC